UCUGUGUAGCUGUUGCUGUUGCUGUCCAAAUCCAUAAUUUUUACUCCGGUGUUAAAAGCAUAGAUGAAUGUUGAGUGUAAAAGGAUAGCGAAGAUUAUAAGGAAUGUGUGUCUGUGAAAUAUAAUGAAUUGUUUAUUAAAAAUAAAUUACAUUACAAAAGUAAAAAGAUAAAUGAUGGGUGUCGUAUCCAGUUACCGCUAGAACAACAUCGCAAAGUGUUUGGAUCCUAAAAUCUUUUUUACUCUUCAUUUCUUGUAAGAUGUCGACGGGUGACGGGUGUCAUUCGGAUAUGGAUUAUUCGGACGACGAUUGUGGGUAUGCUGAUUAUUACAACACGGCGGAGGACUGCGACUCGGAGCAGAUCAACGUGUCGAAGGUGGACCCCGAGUACUCGGUGUGUGACUACCUGCGUGUGGAGGACGUGGAGAGACUGUUGAACGAGUGCGUGGAGACUCUGAGCAACAGCCUGCAGGUGACGCCGAACGUGGCUAAGGUACUACUGCACGCGCACCAGUGGGCCGUGCCGGACAUAAUCGUGAAGUACCGCCCCGACACGACUCCCCCGGCGCUGGCGGGGGGCCCCGCGGACCAGGGCGAGGCUGGCCGCUUCCUGCGCUGCUCCGUGUGCUUGUCCACGUACGGCGCCGAGCACUUCCGAGGCCUCACGUGCGGUCACGCGUUCUGCAAGCUGUGCUGGGCCACGCACUUCGAGGUGCAGAUCACCCAGGGCAUCGCCCUCGACAUCGGCUGCAUGGCGCAGGACUGCAAGGUCCUGGCGCCGGAGGACUUCGUGCUGAACUUGGUGUCGCGACCCAACCUGCGCGACAAGUACCAGCAGUUUGCGUUCCGCGACUACGUGAAGAGCCACCCGUUGCUGCGGUUCUGUCCGGGCGCCAACUGCCAGAUCAUCGUGCGCGCCAAGGAGGCACGGGCCAAGCGCUGCGUGUGCAACGCGUGCCAGACGGACUUCUGUUUCGAGUGCGGUCUCAACUACCACGCACCCACCGACUGCACCACCGUGAAGCGGUGGCUCACCAAGUGCGCGGACGACAGCGAGACCGCCAACUACAUCAGCGCGCACACCAAGGACUGCCCACGGUGCCACACGUGCAUAGAGAAGAACGGCGGCUGCAAUCACAUGCAGUGCUACAGCUGCAAGUACGACUUCUGCUGGAUGUGUCUGGGGGACUGGAAGUCGCACGGCUCCGACUACUACGAGUGCUCGCGCUACAAGGCCAACCCCAACAUUGCCAACGAGUCGGAGCAAGCGCAGGCGCGGGAGGCCCUCAAGAAGUACCUGCACUACUACGAGCGCUGGGAGAACCACUCCAAGAGCCUGAAGCUGGAGAAGCAGACGCUGCAGAGCGUGAAGACGCGCGUCCACUUGAAGGUGAUGAACGGCUCGGGCACGUGGAUCGACUGGCAGUACCUGCUGGACGCUGCAGCGCUGCUGGCCAAGUGCCGCUACACCCUGCAGUACACGUAUCCCUACGCCUACUACAUGGAGGCGGGCCCUCGCAAGGAACUGUUCGAGUACCAGCAGGCUCAGCUCGAGGCGGAGAUAGAGAACCUGUCCUGGAAGAUAGAGCGCGCGGAGACGACGGACCGCGGAGACCUCGUCAACCAGAUGGACAUUGCAGAGAAGAGGCGCACCACGCUCCUCAAGGACUUCUUCGAGUUAUGAAGACUACUGGAGGUGGCGCCCCACAGCCCAGGGCAGAUACAUUAAGACUAAACCAUGAAGUAUGACAGUGAAUGCAACUGCUUGUACCAAGAGAAGUCCUCCCGAGACCAGCACGGCCGUCCGUCUUGUUCCCCUCUCGUCAUCGGCUCCGUGGUCGCCUGUGGUCCGAGUGACUGUGUAUUUCCUGCAAGGCCUCGAUCUCUGACUGAUAAACAACAUCUCUGUAUUCCUGGCCUGCCAAGACAACAUUUCUAUGCCUGGCUUAUGCAUAAUGUCUAGGUCAUUUGUCAGUAAACUAAUAUGCAUGCAUUAUAAACUAAGAGCAUGUGUGUCAAAGCUAACAGUUCAUACUGACUGUAAUAUUGUGAUACUGGUUUGUUAUGAAAUUUUUGAAGUGAAACUUCCUUUGCUGAGGGGGCAAUAAUUUUCAAGCGUUACGAAAAUUCAGAUCACUUGAGGGAACAGUUAGGAACGUGUUGGGGGAACCGGUACAGCAGGAGAGUGCGUCAGCGGCGACGCCAUUUCAACGCAUGCGCUAGCGGUCGAAUGGGAAGACGGCAAAAAAAAGAGGGGAGGGGGUUGAUACGUAAUGGAGCAUGCUAUAUACUAGAUGUAAUCACAGGAAGGGGAGACGGCAGGGGAGAGGUAGAAGAGACACAGCAGUGAUGCUACGCAAUUCUCGUAACGCUGCUUGUGUUUGUCUGUUCCUCUGUUUCGUAAUGGCUAACGAUUGAUGCUACCACAUUUCUUUUAUUUAAUUUAAAGUAUUUACAGUUUAUUUAUUUGUGUGGAAAAGGGUUAUUGAUUUGCGCAAUUAACUUUAUAAGUAUCAUUCAUAUUUAUGUAAAUAGUGUGAUUGGAAAUGUAAAAAAAAGACUUAUAAGAGUAAUUUGUUUUUGGUAUUGAAUAGUGUGUUGUGAAAUGUCAAAAGACAGACUUGUGAGAUAGACUUUAUAAGUGUAAUUUAUGUUUAAUUGGAGUGUUUAUUUGGUUUUCAUUAUAUUCAGCUGGAGAUCAUAAUUUGACUUCAUGCCUAAAAAUAAUAAAAAGACAGAAGCAGAUAAGAGGUAUCAUUAAAGGUAAUGAGGGAAUGAACCGCUAUAAGAGGCUCUGAAAUUGCCAGUGAACGGUUGCGAGAGUAUAGGGCACGGAAAAAGGCAUUUUUUUUCCAUUUGAGAUCAUACACGCAUCCUUACUAUUCUCAAUUAUUAUCUCUUGUUCAAUAAAAAAAUAGUAAUAAUUUAUCUCUAUCUAGCCUAUAUCUAAUAAGCAAGAAGUUUCACUUGUCAUAAGUGUACUCCAUGCACACUUAUUUUUUAUUACCUGAUAUGUGAUGUGUGUUUGUAAUAUCUUCCGAGCAGUGCAUGCAGUGCUGCUGUAUCUUGAGUUUAGUUUAGUUAUAAACUUAUCCUCUAAAUUCAUAAUUUACAGAAACCUAACUGAUUCAGCAACAUUAUUAGAGCUGGUAAUCAUGGACAAUAUAUGGCCUACACUCUUAAAUUAAGGCACUUGUGUCUCCACCUGAACAACUGCGGGAAACUGCAAGUGCCAUGUUCCUGUGGCCUGGAUUACAUAGCACAGACAGGAGUGAGGGUAGCUACACACAAUAUUAUAGCACUUGGUCUGUUUAGCGUGGAGAAACAUGGGAACCUUGCAAGAGGUCUGCAGAACUUUGUUUAGAAAACUGAAGGGAAAUUACAUGAAUAAUUAUGACUAGGAAAAAUAUUAUUUGAUUUUUGGGGUUGUAUAGAAUAAUUUUGCAUUCUUUUGCACUCAGUAAUUAUUUCAGUUGUAAAGAGUACACAUUGUGCUGGUUUUUCAGCAUGUCUGAUACAUUAUCAAUAUCCCAACUGAUUUCAACUCUAAUUUAAAAUUAUUGUACAUGCAGUGAGAACACACAGUCGAAAAUAUGUUAAAUUAUCACAAAUUUUUCUUUAACAUGCAAUUAUUGAUAUAUAAACUAAGACACAUUGGAGCCAUGAAAUAGUUUGUCAAAUAUACCCUAAUUGUUUUAAUUUUUACCAAAAUUCAUUACCAUAACAAAUCUCUUUCAAUCCUACGUAUGAAACAACUCUAGCUAGGAUUGCUGAAGGCAGUGGUUUCCAUGAUUGCUAGUGUCCGGUACUGAGUUCUAUAGUAUUUGGUACACACCGAGGAUUACAAACAAGAGAACUACAAUUUGGUCAUAGAGAAUUACAGGAAUGGGACAGUUAAAGAAACCAUAGAAGAAUUCAGUUUGCAACAUGGGCAGACAAGAGUAUUCCAUCGGAGGAAAACAAUCAUGUAUGAGGAUACGUUUAUCUAAGCAAAUUCACUGAAUGAUAAUGUGAAUUAUGUUAUUAUUCACUAUAGGACUACCAUUCUUAUUGAAAAAUUAGUAAAAGAGGAUAUUGAACAGCUUUGUAAAAUUGUUUUUUAAAAAAUAAAUGUGUAUUUUGGCUGUCUGCCUGGCCUGUUGUCAUACAUCCCUGAGGUGGGUGAAUUGGAGGCAGUUGCAGUACACAGCAGUAGCUUCGUUACCAUCUCUGUACUCCCUUGUUGGUUUUACGAAUGCAUAUGAUAGGUAUAGUUACUCAUUUUUUAUUUAGUGAUUUUUGGUACUGUCAUGCAAAUGAACCAACACCGUGGAAGAUGUUGGGCAAUGAUUUAGUUUUCGGUAGCACAGUUACUGAUGGUCUCCUGGGGACAUUGUUAUGAACACACGUGGUGUAGAUGUGUUAUUAUAAUUAUAUAUGCUCAUGAAAUUAAGGAAAUGCACUGGACCUGGCAUAUUAAUACGUUUUUUAAUCUUCAGCAUGUGAAGAUGUGGAGUUCGUAAUUCACAUAGUAAUGGGCUGGCUCGAACUGAGGUUUAUUUAAGGUAUAUUGUAAUUACAUGGUACACUACAUUUGUAAAGAUGUGGACUGCACGUAUGCCAAUGGCUCUAAAGUCCCAUAUUGUUAAUAUGUUCAGCAUUUGUCUGCAUUUUAAAAACAGUACAUUUAUGUUAGUAGAGAUUGACAAAAUAGGUUUUACUUUUAUUGGUAUAAAAUUUUGUUCUUUUGUGCUAUAAGAAAUAACUGUUGUAAGAAAAUUGAUAUGCUAUAUUCAUAAUAAAACUCAAAAGUAGAAAAUUACCUCUGAAAUAAAAAAAAAAUAAAAAUUAGACAGAUUUUAUUACAAAUGUGAUUUAAAAAUUUAGCAAACAUACUUUCACAUCAUUAGGGAAUUUUUUUUUGAAAUGAGUUACUCAUUAACAUAAAACAUUUUAAAUAAGAAGAGCUGAAUUUUAAUUUGGGGUUCUGAAAGACUAUCACAUCAAAAUAGCUUCAUUCUUAUCUAAAUAAGCACUGGAAUUAUGUUUACUAUCAGCUGUAUGAUUAGCACUAUUCUUCAAGUUUCUAGUGACGCGUGAGUGCGGAGCGGCCCGAAUGGCAGCUCUGACGGCAAACACUCGGCUAGAAGCAGAAGCAAGCUUUGAGCAGACCCGGAUGUGUGCCAAGCCAGUACGUCCUUGUUUAAGAGCUGCGAAUACCUAUGAGUUAGGGGAUAACUUUGUAUUAUUAAAAAUUUCUAUAAAUGCAUAUUUUAAAGGAACAAACUUAUGUAUUAUCUUUAAUUUUUUUAAAAUGUAGGCAUAUGUUUAGAUUGAUUUUUUCUUGAAUGCCUAGUAUGUAUUAAGUACAGAUGUUGCCUGGUGUAAGAGGUGGAGUAUGUAUCACAGUGCUUGGGACAGUGUCCGAGUAGUACAAAUCAAAUCAAUGCUUUAGUUUUUGUUAUUGAAAUAGUAAUCCUCAUAUGCAGUAGAACCCUGUUAUACGAUUUGUGCAGCCAUUUAGCAUUUUUUGGCACAAUUUUAAAUUUGAAUUUUGAACCAUAAUUUUACCAGUAAUUUUAUAACUAAAAUUAAACUUUUUCUGCUCUCUGCACACUCCCACUUAAUCUUUGUCAGGCUAGUCUCCCCAAUCCGUUCCUAGUACCAGAUCUGAUUUUUGCAGAUUCUUUGGGAGCCAGCAUGUGUCUCGUCUUAUCACCGCUUUGAUGCACGCCUGUCGCCUGUAAUUCUCCCUGUAGCCAUGACAAGAACUGCUAUUCCCUGCAAGCUAACAGAACAGCCAGUUUCUAAGACCCAGCCUUACGUGAGCACUCUAAGACAUGAUCACGAGUCGUUUCACCCAACGUCCCGGCACGUCUUCGAGCUCCACAGAGCUAGUUUCCCACCGUCGUGCAGUUUCCAAGUCUCCCCCCCUUCCCCAGAAGCCCUCAGUACAAUGACCGGCCACUGACCCCGGCCUAAGUCAAGGAUAGCCAUAGGUCUCCAAAAGUACUGCCUCUGACCUCUAUCAGCGGAGGUAGCCACUGCUGUGAGUCUCGGGCAAACUUAGCCUGCCCCCUGGCGACUCACGCCACAAGCAGUGCCCCGUAAUUCUUCUGCAAGCCACCAGAGCACUGCACAAGUCUCCUCCAUAAGCCCCAUGCUCUCGAAAUAGCCUCGUGCGAGAUACGCACAAGUAUAUUAGUUUCUAUUUCGGCCACCACCCAAGAGAUGGCGCUCCGCUCUGGCAGCUAACUACGUCGAGAUAUUGAGGCAGGUGUUUCUUUGCCACCCACUCAGAAAUCUUCGGAACCUUUCGGUCCGGAAGCAAGCGCCUGUUUUAAUUAAGAGUCGCUCCCGCCUCACAGACUUCGCACCGUGCUCUCAGACUGACUACUUCGCACCCUCGGCCAGCCCACAGCCGUCAUACGAGAAUGCAGUCGUCUCGUAAAGGGAUGUUUUCCCUAAGUUUCUUUUAGACCUUAAUUAGUCAGUCUGUGUUUCCUAUGUAGAGAUUUUUAUAUUUUCGAAAUUCUAAUUUCCACCAAUGAUGAGUUGUUCGGGACGGUCUUUGCUCACCUCCCGGCGGGCACAUGUUCUGAGUGCUACGAGUUACACCCUGUUCAAGAGCCGCAGCAAGCAUGGCGACCGCGUGCUUUUUCCUGUCCUCAGACCCAGGACUGCUAUGGCGCCCUGGUAGUCCACUACAUCGUGAACUAUCAUCUUCGGCCACCUAGUUCCAAACAUCAUAUUUCCAAAUUCCCAGUUAGACCUCCAGCGUGUCAAAAUGCGUUAAUUAGAGAACUUUAAUUUCUCGAUGUGCCAAUCAUUGUCAUCCUGGGAUUGUUUAUUCCUAUUGUUAACUAUGGUGGAAGUCCUUUUGUAAUAUUUUUACAAAGGGUCGACCCUACAAACCAAUAUUAAUCCCAAUUUGUGUAUUAGCCACCACUGUCACAACUAACGAAUAAUGCAUUAGCCAAAUUAUGUAUGUCAAGGAACUAACUUAUUUAUCAUGUUUAUUGUUUUAAUGUUUUGUUGGCUCAGUUUCCAGUAAAUAUAAAAGUAAAAUAAGCAGGUGCACUGAUAUAGACAAAAUUGCAUUUGUUAUUUAUGUAUUAGAAACUAAAAGAUCCACCAAUCUCCCAAAGUUUUUCCAAGUGUAGAGAAAAGAGAGAGUAACAUAUUCCUGCUUGUUACACCAUUAUUUCGCAGGAUUUCCUUCCUCUAGCGUUUCUGGCUUAUUUCAUUCACAAAUAAGAUUUACAAUGGUUAAGUUAUUAAUUAUUUUUGCAUAGUGAUUGCACUAAACUAAUCAGUCACCUCGCAACUAGUACAGUAGUGGCAAGUCAUGGCAGAAACGUAUUUAUUAAACAACAAAGUCAGGAUUUAUGUUAAUAGGUUAAAUAAUCUUUCUAAUAAUAGAAAACAUUAACUUUAUGAUUUUUUUAAAGAUCUUAUUAGAACUUAAAUAUAUUUCCUAAAUUAAUAACAUUAUUAUUUUGUGAUUCAGAAGUGUUGGUAGAAAUGUUAUCUGUUAUGCCCUGUUAUUAAACAAUGCUUUAUGUGAAUUUUAAAAUUUAAUUUUACAUUUUUUAAUCUCAAAAUGUUAUUCAAAAUUGAUGUACUUGAAAUGUAUGUAGACAUAUAUGUCAGUACUGCAACUCAGUUGAAACGGUAGUCAAGCACACUUAACCUGAUGGAAAAAUGAAUAAUUUUCAUUAACAUACUGUGUUAAGGAAGACAGUAUGUUUUCCUGGAACGAAUUAGGGCGUUACAGUAUUUGUCUUGAUAGUCGGAAUAUAUAUAAUCUUAACAGUUUUUUUGACAUUGCUUUAACCAUGUUUUUUCGGUUAUCCGUGGACCCCUUGCCAGUAUAUUACCCAGGAUGAUCGGGUUGUCUACUGUAUAUUAAAGCAGCACUUAUUUACUGUGAGUUUUCUUACAUUAUGGCUGUUGGAAUGAGAAACUAUCUUUAAAUGGUUCCAUAAAAAAAGUUAAUUGUAAUAGCCAACAGUAAUAAUACUGUUAAAAGUUCUUUAUUGCUUGUAUGUGAAAUCAGCAUAAAAAAAAAUAGAAUAGCCUUAAAAUUAAAUUCUCACUUAUAACAUUUUACUGCCUACAACUUUUCUCUUCUUUUUAGAAAGCAUUAUGACAGGGUUCUAUUUCAUUCAUUUAGUGUAUACAUAUUUAAUUUGUGAUAUAUUGUGUUCUGAUGCAUACUACACUUUGGUAUACAUAUUCCUAAAACAUUUUGCUGUGGUUAUAAAGGAUUAAUGUAUGCAACUGUAUUAUCAUACUGUCUUGUGAGUUGUGCCUAGUUUUUUAAAAUUGCCUUUUGCAUAGACAUUUAUAAAAAAUACGUAAUGCAUAAUUGGUUUUGGGUUGAUCACUAACAUCUCAGAUCUGUUUGAUGCUGAUCAUUGGUGUUGAUCAGUGAGCUAAUACUUAUGUUUAUUUUGUGGUUUGCAAUUAUUAGCUGAUGUUAUUGCUUAGUCAUAUCCAGGCUUGUUCUAAUGUUAGCAAGUGCCAGUACAAAUUUUAAUUUGCCAUCUUCUCAAAAAUAAGUGGAGUUGGUAUCACAACCUUUAAGUUGUUGUUUUACAUGUUUUCCAUGCUGGUUUGGUAUUUGUAACAAAGUUGCUUCAGUAAUUGUGACAGCACAAGUUACAAGCAGUGGUUGAUCAGAAUUAGAAAAAGUGAUCAGUUUUAAAACAAAUUAUGUACCUAGUAACAGUGUCAUUUUCCCCUUGUUUAUAAAACCAAGAUUUACUUUUGAAACACUUUUCUUCUCGGUCUUAAACAAUAUUUUACGAACUUGAAACUUACAAUAUGUAGAGUGAGCAAAAAAAAGGUUUAGCCUAAAGUUCUUGCUUGUUAGGUUUAGCACUUGAAAAAUUUGAGUGAAUAAACAGUUUGUUGACCUAUGAAGGAAUUGCUCGCCAGGAAACAUGCUGGGUGUAGCAGUUCCUUGGAAGCAAGUGGUUGUGUUUAAUUCAUGCUGUCUCUCACACGCACUAACAUCAGUGAGUGCAGUCUAGUCCAUUCAGUUCAGUGCACUGUGAGGCUGGCAUUUUGUGAGGAAGAGCUGUCUAGUUUGACCGCUGUUUGUUUAAUAAGUUGCUCAAAGAUCACACUGCAGUUCUUGAAAAAUCAAAAAUGGCCUGCAGUCACUAAGGUGAGGAAAGAGGCCUGGGAAAAAAUAACAUAAAAGUACGCAAAAACUACUUUCCAAAAUGUAACAGUUUUGUAUAUGAAUGAAAAUGUUAGGUAACAUUAAAAAAAAAACUUAUAAAAGACAUGUUAAGGGCAUUUGAAAUAAGAAAAAUGGAAAAAUUUGGGAGCGAUAAAUUCUAGAAAUAAGCAAUAAUGAAGAGAAUCCAGUUCAUUCAGACAUACCUGGUAGCGUGGCCCAGAUGUGAACGUAAGUUUGAUUUCCAGUAAAGUCAUGGAUGAUGAGAGACCCAAGGUAAAAAUGUAGAAAAUUAAUAAAUGUGAAACUAAUGAAACACAAAAAACCUGGAGAUCUUCCAACUCCAAUGUAUUGUACCAUUACAGUAAAUAAAAACUAACAAUAUUAAAAUGGAAUGAUAAAAUAUUAAAUUUAUAGGAACAAUCUGUUGAUUAUUCAACACAUAUGAAGGAAUAAGAGGAUGUUAAUAUUCAAUUUGUAAUCAAAAAUGGAAAAUUAAACAUUCCUUAUCUUUAUUCAUUCUUAUAUAUUGUAAACAAUGGAAUUAAAAUAAAUACAUACAAAUUAAAA